CGGAAGAAGAAGGAGAAGAAGAAGAAAGAAGAAGAUGGCGCAAGCGGCGAGGCUGAGCCUGCGGAUGCAGAAGGAGCUGAAGCUCCUCCUCGCCGACCCUCCUCCCCUCGCCUCCUUCCCCUCCCUCUCCCCUUCCUCCGACCUCCCUUCCCUCUCCACCAUCCUCGCCCAAAUCGAAGGCCCCGAAGAGUCCGUGUACGCCGGCGGCGUCUUCAAGCUCAGGAUCCAGAUUCCCGAACGCUACCCGUUUCAGCCGCCGAGCGUGACGUUCCAGACGCCGAUUUACCACCCCAACAUCGACAACGGCGGCAGGAUUUGCCUCGACAUCCUCAACCUCCCGCCCAAAGGGGCAUGGCAACCAUCGCUGAACAUUUCAACUGUAUUAACAAGUAUUGGGUUGUUACUCAGUGAGCCAAAUCCGGAUGAUGGUCUUAUGUGCGAAGCGAGCAGGGAGUAUAAGUAUAACAGACAAGCUUUUGAUGAGAAGGCGAGAUACAUGACUCAGAAAUAUGCCAAGGCUGGAGCUAGUGGAAGCACAUGUGACAAUCCAUGCGCAGAACUAAAUUCCAGUCCAAGCUUGAUGGAAGGUGACUAUAGUAUGAAGGAAACUCAUGAUAGAGUCAAUGAAUUUGAAACUGUUAAAAAGAAUGUAGGUGGAUUCACUCGGAAACUUUCACUGAUAUGCUCAAGCUCAAGCCAGAGAAAAGAUGGUGAUGGGGAUGUGAAUGAUAAGUGUAAUCCCUCGGAGUCUGUAUCUAAUAAUGAGAAAUGUUUGGAUGUUGACAAAGCAAGAGAUGAGCAAGGUGUCCGAGAAGGAAGCAAUUACAAAACUCCAGAUGGAAUGGCCCAGAACUCAUCAUUAGCAUUACGAGAAGAUGUAUCCCAGGACAAUCACAGCCAUGACAAGGUGGCUGUGGUGCCUUGCUACCAGUCAUUAAGCCCUCAUUCUCUUCUUAGGACUUCAGAUCCUUUUUUGGUGCAGUCUCAGAAGCAUCUAGAUCAAUCUAGUACUUCAGAAAAGGAGAUUGUGGAUUGUACUUCGGAGAAAUCAUUUAGUGAGCAAUUGCAUCCGUCCACAGCUUCAGGUUUGUGCCAGUUAUUCAGUGGUGUUGAAGCAGAGAUGCUCAAGAUGCCUCAGUCAUUGCCCUCAAAUGUUCUUGAUAAUUCAUCAAAAAGUUCUACAGAAAUGCCUCAAAAUGGUAGGCAAACUGUAGUGGAGUCACAGAAUGAUUUGAGUGGCAAUAAAUGUGAUGGCUCUGCCGGUAUGAAGCGUAAGAAGCUGUGUCUUGGUGGGAGGCAGCACUCUCUCGGACUCAAGGGCUUAUACCAGAAAGGAGACACAGAAUUUAAGGAGAAUCUUGGUCCAGCUGACAAAGUAGAGCAUUCAGGACCGCUUGACCCUUCUAUGAAAAGGGCAGCAGGACAGAAGUCAUCCUCAGGUCCUCUGACUCAACUGCAAGAGAGUGACAAGCGCAACAGUCAGUUCUCUUGCUCUAUGGCUGUCUCCAGAGAUUGUUUUGACUCAAAGCUUGUGAAGCCAGACUAUGGUCAAAGAAUGAAGCGGUUCGAUCGAGAUCGAAAUGUGAAAUAUGCCGAGGAAAUUACGGAGAAGGGGCUGAAGGAGUUGCCCACACCAGAUUCAGUGAUAGUGUUGGAUAGCGAUGAUAGCGAGGAUGAAGGGAAAUCAUCAUUGAUGGCUAAAUCAGUGUUAGCACGAAAGCGCAUCACCAAUGCUAAAUUCAGGGCAUAGCAAGCUGCCUGGUUCUUAUGAAGCACAAUGUCCUGUCGUUGUUUGUUGUGUUCUGAUAGUAGUUUGGAAAGUUUUGACAGGCUAAGAGGCCGCUGCACUGCAUAGACUUCAAAGGAUUUAAGGCUUAGCACAGAAGAGGCACAAAAAGGAGAAAUUAUGCAUAAAUAUGUUGGAACAGAGUCUGUAAAUGCUAUUUGCACCUUCUCUGUUGCUAGUUUCUAAUUCAGAAUAGUUCUCAUCCACUGUCAGUGUCAAAUUGUUGCAUGCUAAUCGUGGAUUAACCUGAUACCAAAGACAAUGAUAUCGAAAUUGGCAA